UAAAUUUUUCGCUCUUCAAAGUUGAUUUUCUUUUAAAAUUUCUCCGAUUUUCGGAUAAAAUCGAAUCAAAAAAAUUUAGUUUUCUCAAAAAUUAGUCUUAAAGAGAAAAAAUUCAUCUUGAUUCAAUCAUCUUUUGAGUAGCAUAAAGAAAAAUUGAUGGGUAUAGAAAAAAUAAAAUGGAUGCUUUUGGCAUUUCUCUGUGGAUUGCUAAGCACAAGUGCCAACGAUACCCUUCCUACGACUGAUAAAAGGAUUCUGAAUAUUGCUAUAAUUGGAGCUGGGGCAUCUGGACUGGCUAGUGCAAAGAAUGCUAUUGAACAAGGUCACAACGUAGUUAUCUUUGAAAAAGGCGAAGCGCUUGGUGGGAUAUGGUAUUACACAGACCAGAUAGGAGAAGGUAUACACUCUCCGAUGUAUUCUGAUCUUAGAACGAACACUCCAUAUAAAAAUAUGGAAUUUCCUGGCCACCACUUUCCAGAAGGCACUGAAAUGUUUCCUACGCAUGAUGUAGUAUGGCAGUACUUGGACUCUUAUGCCGAUGAAUUUGGAUUAAAAGACCACAUAAAAUACCAUCAUUUGGUUGUGCAUGUUCAAUCAAUUGACGGAGAUAAAUGGCAAAUCUUCGUCAAUGACAUGCAAACUAAUUACACAAUCAUGGAAACGUUUGAUGCGGUUUUUGUUUGCACUGGAUUCUGUUCUUCUCCACUCUAUCCCAAUAUUCCGGGCGAAUUCAAAGGGAAAAUAUUAAUGCACAGUCAUGAUUAUCGAACACCUGACAAAUUCGAAGGAGAGAAGGUUUUAGUUAUCGGCGGCGGUACGAGCGGAACAGAUAUAGUACAUCAAAUUCGUGGCAUUGCUAAGCGUGUAACGCAUAGCUAUCAUAUUCCAUCGGAAAAAAGUUCUUUGGCACAAAAAGCAUUAGAUAAAGCACGUGGAAUUUUCAGUAAAGGUGACAACGGUAUCACUCACAAAGGAGAUGUGAAACGUUUCACAAAAAACGGUGCCGAAUUUUCGGAUGGGACGAAAAAAAACUUCACAGUGGUUAUUUUUGCUACAGGUUAUAAAUAUUCAUAUCCAUUUUUGGAUGAAAAUGUGGGCAUUUGUGCUCAUGACUUUUACGUGGAACCAUUAUUCAAAGAAAUCUUGAAUAUUGAACACAAUACCAUGGCAUUCAUAGGACUACCGAUAACUGUAGCACACAAUCCCAUGUACGAUUUACAGGCUCGAUUUGCGUUGAAGUUCAUCUCUGGUGAAAAGCAAUUUCCAUCACAGACUAAAAUGCGACAAGAUCUUCAAAAACAAAUUAAUGCCAAUGCCGAAUUCCAUCUGAAAAAACCGUAUAUGUUGGGAUUAGAUUACAAGCGAUACUUUCGCGAACUUGCAAAAACUGCAAACAUUGAGAACGUUCCGAAUAUUCGCUCGGGAUAAUAUGCUUACAUAACGAAACUACAGGAAUAGUAUGAGUACCACUUUGUUCCAUCGA